AUGGCCUCUGAACGGGAUGGAUCCAACUCUACCAGAAAUCUGACGAACCAGUUUGUGCAGCCGGCGUGGCGCAUCGCGCUGUGGUCGGUUGCGUACAGCUAUGUGCUCUCUGUGGCUGUUUUCGGGAACUUGAUAGUGAUUUGGAUUAUUCUGGCUCACAAGCGGAUGAGGACCGUGACCAACUAUUUCCUGCUCAAUUUGGCUUUUUCUGAUGUUUCGAUGGCUGCUUUCAACACGCUCAUCAACUUCAUCUACGCGGCUCACGGAGAGUGGUACUUUGGAGAAGUGUACUGCAGGUUUCACAACUUCUUCCCGGUGACUGCGGUGUUCUCCAGCAUCUACUCCAUGACUGCCAUCGCUAUGGACAGAUACGUGGCCAUCAUCCAUCCACUGAAGCCUCGUCUGUCAGCGAAAGCCACAAUGGGAAUUAUUGUGUGUAUCUGGAGUCUGGCUGUGAUUCUGGCCUUCCCUCUCUGCUAUUUCUCCACAACCCGAGCCCUGCCCCACAGGACCCUCUGCUACGUGGCCUGGCCCCGUAUGGCCGAUGACUCCUUUAAGUAUCAUAUCAUAGUGACAGUUCUGGUAUAUGUGCUGCCUUUAGUGGUGAUGGGCAUCACUUAUACAAUCAUAGGUGUGACACUGUGGGGAGGGGAAAUCCCAGGAGACUCAUCUGAUAAGUAUCAUGGACAACUCCGGGCUAAGAGGAAGGUGGUGAAGAUGAUGAUCAUUGUAGUGGUGACCUUUGCCCUCUGCUGGCUGCCCUAUCAUGUCUACUUCAUUGUGACGGGACUUAACAAGCGUCUGAGCAAGUGGAAGUACAUCCAGCAGGUCUACCUGUCGGUGCUGUGGCUGGCCAUGAGCUCCACCAUGUACAACCCCAUCAUCUACUGCUGCCUCAACAGCAGGUUCCGGGCUGGCUUCAAGCGGGUUUUCUGCUGGUGUCCGUUUAUCCGAGUGUCGACGUACGAUGAGCUGGAGCUCAAAAACACAAGACUCCGUCCAGAUCGCCAGAGCAGCAUGUGCACCCUCUCUCGGGUUGACACCAGCAUUCUCAGCAAAGACAAGAGUACUCACAGGUCAAGGUUCAACUCCGAGUCCAUUAAUAAAGACAGUUGUCAACAGUAG